AAUAGUUAAAGACAUAAAAGACUAGAUUAAAUAGCCCCUAAUAUAAGGACCAUCCGCUUUUUGGCCUUUUCCAUUUUAUCUCUAUCCUCCCUCUCUUUUCUCUCCACCCUUCCCUUCUAAAAUAUCAGCCCUUUUGAAGGGAAGGGGGCGGCCACGUGUCCGUUAAGUCGCCGUCAACUCCUCACGUGCGCCUGCCGUCUCUAACUUCCAACAUGGCAAGCGCCGUCAGCACCGCUGUCGCCAACGGCCACGAGGAAACGGGCGGCGGCGGCGGAGGGGGCGGCGCCAGCCCCGCCGCUGCCCGGCCGCACCGCCAGCCGCGGUGGAAGCGGCACGAGAUCCUGGUGCUGAUACAGGGGAAGCGGGUGGUGGAGGGGCGGGGGCGGCGCCGGGCCCACCGGACGGCGGCGGUGUCGGUGGUGGAGCCGAAGUGGGCGGCGGUCUCGUGGUACUGCCGGCGGCACGGAGUGGACCGGGGGGCGGUGCAGUGCCGGAAGCGGUGGAGCAACCUGGCAUGCGACUUCAAGAAGAUACGGACAUGGGAGAAGGGGCCGGGGGCGGCCAAGGGGGGGUCGUUCUGGGCGAUGAGAAACGACCGCCGGCGAGAGCGGCAGCUGCCGGGGUUCUUUGACCGGGGGGUGUACGAGAUCCUCGACGGGGCGGCUGAGGUGGAGGCGGUGUCGGCAGCGGCGGCGGAGGAGGAAGGGAAGAAGACGCUAGCAGCGGCGGAAGGCGAGGAGGAGGAGGACGAAGAGGAGGAGGAGGAGGCCAUCUUUGACAGUGGCCGGACGGCGGCGGAGGAUGGGUUGUUCUCUGAUUUCGAGCAGGAGGCGGCGGCGGCGGACGAGGAGGAGGUGAGGCCACGGGCGAUGAUGGUGGUGCCAAUUUCAGAGAGGAAGUAUGAACCAUUACCACCGGAGUCUUCCGAUCCAGGUAUGCUGAAUGAUAAGCAGCCAACUGAGAACAAAGACAAGGGUUCGCCACCAAGAGAAGGACAGAAGCGGAAGCGGACACCAGAGGAAGGAGAAGGAGACACUAGUCUCCAAAACCAACUGAUUGAAGUUUUAGAGCGAAACUGCAAGAUGCUGGCAGCCCAACUCGAAGCUCAAAACAUCAACUGUCAACUGGAUAGAGAGCAAAGGAAGGACCAAGCUGAUAGCCUGCUUGGUGUUCUGAACAAACUGGUGGAUGCUCUCGGAAGAAUCGCAGAUAAACUAUAGGCGGACCCAAGAAUGAGGAUGCAAGGAAGCCACUGGAAGAUAUUGUAUGGAUAGAUGAAGCUGUAACCCAUGAAAGCAGUCAGUAAAUUAUAGAGAAAAUAGAGUUUGACAGCAACCCAUUUUGUCAGCUGGUUUUAGAUUGCAUAGUUUUGUAGUGCUAGGGAUUGAUGGUGAAUAAGUUGUGCUUACAUGGAAUGUUGUGUAAGCUGGAUUUGUAGAGAUAUCGGAAACAAUUUUAAUUGGUUAAUAAAGGAAUAUUUUUUGUUUUGAUGUUCA